AAUUGUGGGACAGAAAGCUUUAACUAUAACAAACAUUUUUGUUAUUAUGCACCAGUAGCUGCCCGUUUUUUCCCCCAAAUUCUGUGAAAUAAAAUGGAGAAUGUGCAUCUGGCAGUAGAGGAGGAUGACCUUUAUUCGGGUUACAACGACUACAAUCCCGCAUUUGAAUGCGAGGAGUUGGAGAACGAUGUGGGCUUCCAGCAGGCAGUUAGGACUAGUUAUGGCAGAAGACCUCCGAUGACUGCGAAGAUUCCAGGCACUGCAAUUGGAGGUCGACCUUUAGCAUCAUCGUUUGGGUCCCGCGUCCCAAUGGCUUCAUCACUGGGAAGACCCAUGACUGGAGCUGUGCAGGAUGGAGCUGCCCGUCCGAUGACUGCUGUCACAGCUGCAGGUUUCUCCUCCUCACUGAUGCGUGGCUCAAUGUUCGACCCACUGGGCCAGUCCAGGGGCCCUGCCCCUCCACUCGAAGCAAAGAGUGAAAACACUGUGGAAGAGAAGAUCAAGAUCAUGGAGAAGAAAGUGAAUGACCUGGUGGAGGAGAGCUGCAUGGCGCAGAUCACAGGCGCUUUACAGCUGGCGCUCCAAAAAGCCAAAGAGGCAGGCAGGAAGGAACGAGUGCUGGUCAGACAGAGGGAACAGUCGGGCAACACAGAACACAUCAACAUAGACCUCACUUAUUCUGUUUUGUUCAACCUCGCCAACCAGUAUGCAAACAAUGAAAUGUACCCGGAGGCUCUGACCACCUACCAGGUCAUUGUGAAAAACAAGAUGUUCAGUAACGCAGGCCGACUCAGAGUCAAUAUGGCCAACAUCUACUUUAAACAGAAGAACUACCUUAAAGCUAUCAAAUUCUACCGCAUGGCGCUGGAUCAGAUCUUCGCCGAUCACAAGGAAAUGAGGAUCAAAAUCAUGCAGAACAUCGGAGCGGUGUUUGUCCACCUGGGCCAGUACUCUGACGCCAUAACGUCUUUCGAGCACAUCAUGAGCGAGAGUCCCAACAUAAAGACUGGAUACAACCUUAUCCUGUGCUACUAUGCUAUUAGAGACAGAGAGAGGAUGAAGCAGGCCUUUCAGAAGCUCAUUUCCGUCCCUCUUGGGAUUGAUGAUGAAGAGAAGUACAUCCUAGCAAGUGAUGACCCCAGUUCCAAUAUGGUCAUCGAAGCCACUAGAAAUGACAAGCUGCAUCAGAUGGAAAGAAACCUGAAAAUCCAGGCUGAGAAGUACAUCAUGACAGCAGCCAAGCUAAUCGCUCCAGCUAUUGAGACGUCCUUUGCCAGCGGUUUUGACUGGUGUGUUGACAUGGUAAAGAGCUCUCAAUAUGUGGAGUUUGCCAGUGAUCUGGAGAUCAACAAAGCCAUCACAUACAUCAGACAGCAGGACUAUAAUCAGGCGGUGGAAAUAUUAAAAACAUUUGAAAAGAAAGACAGCAGAGUGAAAGGCGUGGCAGCCACUAACCUUACUUCCCUCUAUUUCUUGGAGAAGGACUACGAGCAGGCCGAGCGAUACGCUGACCUGGCUAUUAACACUGAUCGUUAUAAUCCAGCUGUACUUGUCAACAAGGGAAACAUGGUGUUUGUCAUGAAGGACUAUGAAAGGGCUGCUGAGUUCUACAAAGAGGCACUGAGGAAUGACUCCUCGUGCACUGAGGCGCUCUAUAACCUGGGUUUGACAUAUAAGAGACAGAGCAGACUGGAGGAGGCUUUAGACUGCUUCCUGAAGCUUCAUGCCAUUCUGAGGAACAGCUUCCAGGUCAUUUAUCAGCUGGCCGACCUCUACGAGAUGCUAGAAGAUCCUCAACAGGCGAUCGAGUGGCUGAUGCAGGUCACUCCCACAGAUCCACACGUACUGGCCAAACUGGGAAAGCUGCACGACGAGGAAGGGGACAAGUCCCAGGCUUUCCAGUGCUACAAUGAGUCUUUCAGGUACUUUCCGUCAAACGUUGAUGUGAUCGAGUGGCUCGGGGCUCACUACGUGGAGACCCAGUUCUGUGAGAAGGCCAUCCAGUACUUUGAACGAGCAGCUCUCAUACAGCCCACCCAGGUGAAGUGGCAGAUGUUAGUCGCAAGCUGUUAUAGAAGAAGCGGAAACUAUCAGAAAGCUCUUGAAACCUACAAAGAGAUCCAUCAAAGGUUUCCAGAAAACACGGACUGUCUAACCCUCCUGGUGAGGCUCUCGGCUGACAUGGGACUGAAGGAAGUCCAAGAUUUUGCAACCAAGCUGAAGAAGUUGGAGAAGAUGAAGGAGAUGAAAGAGCAGAGGGUGAAGUCAGGCAGAGAGAGCAGUGCCAGGGGUCGCAGAGAAGGCAGGGAAGGCGGCGCUGGGAGUGCUGCGGUCCUCUCCAGAUCUGUCCUCGCUUCUCCGAAGAAGUCCAGCAUUACGGAAUCUCCGCCGGACCCCAAACAGUCCAACCCUCUGUUGGACCCAGAGCGAGACAGCGGCCGCAGCAGCAGCGGCUCCAAAGGAGAGCGUCUGAGCGCCAAGAUGAGGUCACUUCCUGGUUCCAAUGAGCCUUAUGAAGCCAGCAGCCCUAAAGAACUUGAUGCAUCAUACGUUGAUCCGCUGGGGCCUCAGAUGGAAAGACCAAAGACGGGGGUCAAGAGGCUGGUGGAUGACGAUGACUUUGCAGAUGAGGAGCUGGUGGAUGAGCUGCUACCGGAGUAGAGGCAUCGACUACCUUCUGAAAUCAGAAUCUUUAUAAUCUGCUCAUAAUGGGAGUUCUUCAUCACCCCCAUCAAAGCUGAGGAGGAAGAAGAGCUGAAGGUUCUCCUGUGAUGGAUCUGCAGAAUAAAAUUUUUUAUUAUGUGUGAAUAAUAUGUAACUAUAAACACAGAACAUUUCUCAGCAGACUGAACUUUGUUGUUGAACUUAUUGCUAUUUAUUCAUUCUCUUUUUAAGUUUAAUUAAAUUUGUAAUAAAAUCUGUUUUCCUGCUUAAGACAAAAGUGAGAGUUGGU